CCUUCGGCCACCAAGACGGGUACAACGAUUGUCGGUCUGACGUUUGCGGGCGGUGUCGUCUUGGGCGCGGACACGCGUGCGACGGGCGGGACGGAAGUAGCGGAAAAGAACUGCGAGAAGAUCCACUACCUCGCACCGAACAUGUACUGCUGUGGCGCGGGAACGGCGGCCGACACGGAAAAGACGACGGCGCUCAUUAGUUCGCAGCUCGAACUCUUGCGCAUGGACACGCACGCGCCGUCCCGCGUCGUCACGGCCUGUACCCUGCUCAAGCGGAUGCUCUUUCGCUACCAGGGACACGUGAGUGCCGCACUCGUGCUCGGGGGAGUCGACGUCCACGGACCGCACGUGUAUCAGAUAUAUCCGCACGGGAGUACCAGCAAGUUGCCCUACACGACCAUGGGCAGUGGCAGUCUCGCCGCCAUGUCCGUCUUUGAAAGUUCCUGGAAGGAAAAUAUGGAAGAGGCCGAUGCCGUGCGACUCGUCCAACGCGCGAUUGGUGCGGGGAUCUUCAACGACCUCGGGUCCGGGAGUAACUGCGACGUUUGUAUCAUUCGUCUCGAUGGGACGGUCGAUUACCGUCGCAACGAUAUUAAGCCCAAC